UUGCCGCCCACACCUUCAAACACUGUUCGAAGACGACACCGCUGAGAAAUUGUGUAAAUUGUUUUACAUUUUGAUUUAUAUUCAACUCUUCAUUGUGUUCUUUCAUCCAGGUCUAGCUCAAUAAAUUUAAGGAGGAAUUCUUUGAAGAGAUGAUGUCUUGAACAUCAUCUUUGAUGUUUUCAGCGAAGAGAGGUUUUACUUCAUCACAAUUGAUUGUGUCCUAUAAUGGCAACAUCCUCUGGCUCUGUGUCAAGUGACAGUCGAACUAGACUUCUAGGAACCUCAACAACCAACCAGAGUGUAGAAGAUAUGCAGAACCUAAACAUCCAUGAUGAGUUUGAUCCAUUUGAUGCGUAUGCAGAGACAGAAAAGCCUGAUGCUACAGUGGUGGAUGGAAGUGUGGCUGCCCCUCCUCAAAAUGAGUGGUAUCAUGGCUGUAUGGAUAGGCAGACUGCUGAGAUGAGGCUGAAUGGUGCUAGAGAUGGCAGCUAUCUAGUCCGAGAGAGUGAACGUCGACCUGGUUCCUAUGUUUUGUCAUAUCUUGGUGUCAAGGGUAUCAAUCACUUCAGGAUUACAGCUUUGUGUGGUGAUUACUACGUUGGUGGACGUCAGUUUCCAUCAUUGGCCGAGUUGAUAGGUUAUUACACACAUGUAUCCAACAUUCUGAAGAGUGAGAGGCUACUCUUCCCUGUGCCACCCCCUGAGCCAUUAAUUGAUGACAGAAAGAAAGUCGUGGCUGUCUUGCCUUAUACUAAAGUGCCUGACACAGAUGAGCUCAGCUUUGUAGUAGGUGAAGUGUUUGUUGUGCACAAUGAGCUAGGAGAUGGAUGGCUGUGGGUUACGUCACAAAAGACUGGCGAAAGUGGCAUUGUAGUAGAUGACCUUGUCAAAUACAUUGAUAAGGACACGGACACUAAUGAAGGCAAAAUAUGGUUCCACUGUAAUAUUUCAAAAGAUGAGGCUGCUGAAUUACUUCUGAAAGGAGGUGAUGUUGGAAGCUUCUUAAUUAGGAACAGUGAUAAAAAUCCAGGUGAUUAUUCAUUAUCGUUCCGUGGUCCAACUACCAUUCAGAGGUUUCGCAUCCAAAAACAGCAGCAUCUUUACAUCAUGGGUGGACGCUCUUAUCACAGUUUGGACGGCAUUGUGGAUCACUAUAAGAAGGAAGAGAUCGUCAAUGGUUUCAGGCUAGGGCAACCUGUACCACUGAAGAGUUUACAGACUAUGUCUCGGAUUCACCCCAAUGCUAAUGUUAACUAUGAGGAUAUCAAGAGAAGAAGAAGUAGUGGUCUGGUCAUUAUGACUGGAACUGGAGAUCGUAGCGCUAAGCAGGGUUACCUUAGCAAAAAGAGUUCCAAGCACAAAAAGUGGAAAACCUACUACUUUGUUCUGAACAGUACUGACCAGCAUCUGUACUUCUUUGAGAAUGACAGGAGAACCAAGCCUAAAGGUUUGAUAGAUCUUGGCUAUGGAUCAGUUUACAUGGUUCAUGAGAGCUUGUUCAACAGACCCAACUGUUUUCAAAUUGUUGUGCGUGCAAUGAGUGAUGUUGAAGUCUUCUACCUUAAUGCUGAAACUCCACAACUUGCUCAAGAAUGGACCCAGGUUCUUCGCUCAUGUUGUAUUCGUGCAAGCUGGACUCAAACAACUCGAGCCAAGACUAGUGGCAUUAAACAGCUCAAGAGUCUUAGCCUUCACAUCUUAGAGGCUCAUAAGAUCCCAACCAAGCAAAUCUCACAUCCCUACUGUGUCAUCUCAUUAAAUAACAUCAAAGUAGCUCGUACACCCAUCCAGCCAGCGCCAGACCCUCUAUGGAGUGAAGAGUUUGUCUUUGAUGACUUCCCUGAUGAUAUAGACUCCUUCACGAUUGAUGUCUUCAAUGGUGCAAAGAGAGCUAAGCCUGUCCCGUUGUGCAGAACCACACUUCUUCUAGAGAGAUUACCCAAUGGGGUAGUGGUGGACCAGUGGUAUCAACUCAUAGCACUAACAUCUCAAGGUCGUGGUGAGAUGGGUUCAAUAAGAACCAGAGCCCAGUUCUUACAAGAAACUCUCAUGCCACUUGAAGAGUACAACAGCCUCCAAGAGUUGGUGUUGGGAGACAGCGAUUACCACUUCAUAUACGCCCUGGAGGAUGCUUGUUGUAAAGAUAGGUCACAUCUUGCAAGUGUACUUCUGGACAUCUUUCGACAACAACAGAAAGAGGUGGAGUUGUUACAUAAACUCAACGGCAGAGAAAUUGAGAAAGAAGAGGAAAAGUCCACAUUGUUCCGUUCCAACACGUUAGCCACUACCCUGAUGGACAAAUACAUGAAAAUAACAGCUCAGGAAUUUGUACAACAUGCACUGCGAGAUGUUAUCAUCAAGAUCAUGGAGUCCAAGCAUUCAUGUGAGCUUAAUCCAUUGAAGGUAGAGAAAGGAGACGAUGUGGCAGUCAACUGUCAACAUUUGCUGGAAUUUCUUAUUGAGAUUGUGGAGUCCAUAUUCAACUCAGCCAACAAGUGUCCUUUACCUCUGAGAUAUUUGUGUUGGUGCUUGCAACAAGAUGUCAAGAAGAAAUGGCCAGAUGAUCCUAACAUUACAGCAAGGGCAGUAGGAGGGUUCAUAUUUCUACGGUUGAUCUGUCCAGCCAUACUUAAUCCCAGACUCUUCAACAUUGUAUCGGAGGCUGCAUUACCAAUGGCUAGUCGUACUCUUAUGAUUGUUGCUAAGGCCAUACAGAAUUUGGCCAACCAAGUGGAGUUUGGUGCUAACUACAAGGAGGCGUACAUGGUGGUGAUCAACCCAUUCAUAGUUAUUAACAAGGGACGCAUGUGUCACUUCCUCAACGAACUCGCAAGUAUGAAAGAUAUCCCAUCGCCAAAUACAGUACCACCGAUAGACCUUGCUCGUCAACUAGCAGCUUUGCAUCAACUAUGUGUCACCUACACCAAGGAGUUGCAACAGCUCAGUGUAGUUCAGCCCAGUCUGAAGAGGCUUUUGGCAGUGACAGAAAUGUUGACACUGAACAGGAACCAGUACAUGGGACGAGCUACUACACUGGUAUGAGUACUGACUUAAUAACUUGGGUCAAGCUACUACACUGGUAUGAGUACUGACUUAAUAACUUGGGUCAAGCUACUACACUGGUAUGAAUACUAACUCAGUAACUUGGGUCAAGCUACUACACUGGUAUGAAUACUAACUCAGUAACUUGGGUUAAGGUACUACACUGGUAUGAAUACUAACUCAGUAACUUGGGUUAAGGUACUACACUGGUAUGAAUACUAACUCAGUAACUUGGGUCAAGCUACUACACCGGUAUGAAUACUAACUCAGUUAAACUUAGCACACCACAUUUGUUAUAUAAUGAGGCUUAUUUGGUACAGAUAGAUCUGUAUUAAUGGCAAUUGCUACUGGAAAUGAAUGUUAUGUUCAACAUACACUGAGUUAUGCCCACUUUUGUUGAUGAGUGGUAUUCAGUGGUACUCAGCUUUGAUGGUUUUGAAUGUACAUUGUAAAGAUAAUGUUGUGUGAUAUCAGAACAAGAACCCAAUCUUCCUUUUUACCUAAGAAUACUACAAGUACUUUAUUGUGUUUGAACAGCAUGCUGAAAGGAAUCUCUUACUUUUUUUACUGUGUGAUGGAUAACUUCAUAUUUUAUACAGUAUUUAUCCCAUGUACAUGUAGGUAAAUCUUUUGUUAUUGUAUGUAGCAAGCCUGCAGUUUGUGAAAUGUAGGCAAGUUUACUCUUAGUAGUUAUAGAAGGGCCCAAAGCUGUAAAAUUAAAAAGUAAUUAGGGGUGCGUAACAAAUAUUGUGUAUACAGAAUUACCAUGUGCAACUCGUGAAUUAUGCUUAUUAUCAUAGUUAGCCAUUAAAAUGAAAUGACCAUAGUCAGAGUCGUCAUUAUCUGGUAAAAUUUUGGGUUCAAUACAGAAAUUAGUACAACCUCUAGAUUAACAUGCCAGGCUCUACCAACUGAGCUAUCUAUUUAAAGCCCUAAUGUUGGUGGUCUCACUAUUUAUUAAUGCCUUUGUUUGGGGUGCCAGUCGCUAGCCAAUCAACCUAAAACUACAUUUUAACCAGAGCUUACCCCAAGUUAAUUGAUAACACCUUGCAUAAUGCUAAUAAUCUCGGAUUUAACCUUUUUUGCACUUUUUUUUUUAAUUUUUGGUGGGGAACAAACCCCCCAAAACAAAUAUGUCCGUCCUCAGAUUAUAGAUUUGUCCAAAAAGGUACAAUUCAGUAGGGGUUUGGUGGAGUAAACAACUGCUAUAAACAGCCACGGACACUCUACAGGUUUGCUAAAAUGGCAUUGAAAUUUCCUUCCAAAACACACCACCAAAAAGUCCAAUCAUGGUCCAAUGCAGCAGCAUUUGCUCUAUAGCUUUGUACACAAAUCAACGGGACAGCCUUGACCAUCACAUGUGGAAUCAAUCACCACAUGACCACCGGGUUGGCAUGGCCAUUCAACUUUAGCAGGUUGUUUCAUGAAGGUAUGAAGUUUGAAUACACGGAAGCCUGAUAUUUAAAGACACUGGACACUAUUGGUACUUGUCAAAGACUAGUCUUCUCACUUGGUGUAUCUCAACAUAUGCA